AUGAGCUCCUCCGACGACGACGCACCUCUUGCGAGGUCUAACGGACACAUCUCUGCAUCGAGAGUAUCAAAAGCCGACGACUUCGACAUGGACCGAACCGCAUCUAAGGCAAGAGCAGCCCCGCCAGGCCUUUCCAUUCGCCAUGGACCCGUCGACGAUGAGUUCAUGGACAUUGACGGCCCGUCUACGAAUGGCAAGCGGAAAUCUCGCUCGUCAUUGCCCAAGGUCAAUUAUAAAGUCGAUACCGAAAGCGAUGAUGACGCCCCUCUGGCCAAGCGACAAAAGACGAAACCCAAAAUACCAGAGACAGACUCUGAUGACGAGCCGCUCACCUCAAAGAGGGGCAAAAACCUGCCUCCUUCGUACAAGGAGACGGCUUUGCCCGACGAAUCCUCCGAUGACGACCAACCGUUAGGCGCCAAGCUCGCGAAGAAAAAGGCCGACAUUGAGAAGGCGGCGGCCAAGGAGGCGCGUACCAUCCGUGCCAGCGAGGCCAAGGCAAAGAAGGCUACGCCGAAGAAGGCUGUCAAGGAGGAGUCCUCCGAUGAUGAGCCUUUGGCCAAGUCAGCGACCAAGAAACGUCAGUCGAAUGGGGCUGGCUCUGCGAAGAGGAAGUCGAAUGGCAUGAAGGUCGAAUCGGAUUCGGAUGAGCCCAUUGCGAAAAAGGUUGCGAAGAAAGGCACCCCGGCCAAAGCCCCAGCGGCUAAGGGUAAGGCUGCCGCUUCCGCCAAGGCGCCGGGCAAGAAAGCCGAUUCAAAGGCCAAGCAAGAAAGCGAGGCCCCCGAAGAAGAGGAAGAGGAGGAAUACGAAUGGUGGAAGGAUCCUAAGAAGGAAGACGACAGUGUUAAAUGGACCACACUAGAGCACAAUGGCGUCAUGUUCCCGCCCGAGUAUCAGCCGCUUCCCAAGAACGUCAAGCUGCUCUACGAUGGGAAGCCAGUCAACCUUCCGAUCGAAGCCGAGGAAGUCGCUGGCUUCUUUGGAGCCAUGCUGAACUCGAAGCACAAUGUCGACAACCCUGUGUUUCAGAAGAAUUUCUUUGACGACUUCAAAGCUGUCUUGAAGGAGUCGGGGCACGCGACUGACAAGCAAGGCAACAAAGUCGACCUGAAGGAGUUCUCCAAGAUGAACUUUGAGCAAAUCUUCCAGUACUACGAGCAGCAGAGCGCCAUCAGAAAGACUCGGUCGCCCGCGGAGAAGAAGGCGGCUAAGGCAGAGAAAGACGAAUUGGAGGCGCCAUUCAUGUACUGCAAGUGGGAUGGACGCAAAGAAAAGGUCGGCAACUUCCGUGUCGAACCUCCGAGUCUCUUCCGCGGCCGUGGCGAACAUCCAAAGACUGGAAGGCUCAAGAAGAGAGUGUAUCCCGAGCAAAUCACCAUCAACAUUGGCAAGGGCGCCAAGAUCCCGGAGCCUCCCAAAGGCCACAAGUGGAAGACCGUCGUCCACGACAAUAAGGCCACAUGGCUGGCCAUGUGGCAGGAGAAUAUCAACGGCGCGUACAAGUACGUGAUGCUUGGUGCUGCCAGUGCCAUCAAGGGUCAGAGUGACAUGAAGAAGUUUGAAAAGGCCCGCGAGUUGAAGAAGCACAUCGAUAAGAUCCGGAGAGACUACACCAAGGAUCUCAAAAGCGAAGUCAUGGCAGAUCGACAAAGAGCCACGGCGGUGUACCUGAUCGACAAGUUUGCUCUCAGAGCAGGCAACGAAAAGGACGCCGAGAACGAAGCCGAAACCGUCGGUUGCUGCUCCCUGAAGUACGAGCACAUCACCCUGCGAGAACCCAACACCGUCAUCUUCGACUUCCUCGGAAAGGACAGCAUUCGGUUCUACGAUGAGGUCACGGUCGAAAAGCAAGUCUUCAAAAACCUGAAGCUCUUCAAGAAACCGCCAAAGACCGAUGGCGAUGAUAUCUUCGACCGGCUGACUACUACGCAGCUGAACAACCAUCUCAAGAACUAUAUGCCGGGGCUGACGGCGAAGGUCUUCCGUACCUACAACGCAUCAUUCACCAUGUCUACCCUGCUCCAAAAGCUAGUCGAUCACAAGAACUUGACCAUUGCAGAGAAGGUCAAGCUCUACAACGACUGCAAUCGUGAGGUCGCCAUUCUGUGCAACCAUAAGCGCACCGUCGGUGCCGCGCACGAGGCCCAGAUGGAGAAGCUCGGCGAUCGUAUCAAGGGUCUUCGAUAUCAGCAAUGGCGGACGAAAAUGAUGAUGCUUCAGGUCGACAAUAAGAUCAAGAAGAAGAAGGGUGCGGAUUUCUUCGUUCGCCCCGAGGACUUGACCGACGAAUGGGUUCUCGAGCACCAGCAGUUUCUGGUGGAAGAGCAGCGCGGAAAGAUCACGAAGAAGUUCGAGAAGGACAACGAGAAACGUCUCGCUGAAGGUCAGAAGCCCUUUCCCGACAAGGAGCUUAAGGAGCGCCUCAAGGCCGCAGAUGAGCUUGCGGCCAAGUUUAAGAAGGAGAACAAAUCAAAGAAGGUCGAGCCUGAAGGCCGAAGUCCUUCCGUCGAGAAGCUUGAUGAACAGGUCAAGAAGUUUGACGACAGAGUCAAGACGUUGGAGUUGCAGGCCGCCGAUCGUGAUGGCAACAAGGAGGUUGCCUUGAGCACCUCUAAGAUCAACUACAUCGAUCCUCGUCUCACCGUCGUCUUCGCCAAGAAGUUUGAUGUUCCUAUUGAGAAGUUCUUCUCUAAGACGCUUCGUGACAAGUUCAGCUGGGCUAUCAAGUCCGUUGAGGAUGAAGACUGGGAGUUCUGA